CGCUGCACGUGACAAAACGCCCUGCCGGUGACGUCAUUUAACCCGGACAGACAGGAGUUGGAGAUUCGAAGCUGCAUAAAAAAACAAAGCGGAUAUUUUCACACUUUUCUUGCGACUAAAGCUGUUUUCUGAUGCACUCAGAGGACACGUUGAACACUUGGAAUAACAACUCUUCUACAGUGUAGACAUAUCAAUGAACAUCUGAGGAAGCAGCUGGAGAGAACCGGGAUGGUCCGAGAGAUCGGAUCCCAGGCGGUGUGGUCGCUGUCCUCCUGUAAACCUGGGUUCGGAGUGGAUCAGCUGAGAGACGAUAACCUGGAGACGUACUGGCAGUCUGACGGCUCUCAGCCUCACCUCGUCAACAUCCAGUUCAGGAGGAGGACCACGGUGAAGCUGCUGUGCAUCUACGCAGAUUACAAAUCAGACGAGAGCUACACGCCCAGCAAGAUCUCAGUCAGAGUCGGGAACAACUUCCACAACCUGCAAGAGAUCAGGCAGUUGGAGAUGGUGGAGCCCAGCGGCUGGAUCCACAUCACUCUGAUGAACCAGCGUACGAACGAUCCGAUCAGCACCUUCAUGAUCCAGAUCGCGGUGCUGGCGAACCAUCAGAACGGCCGAGACACACACAUGAGACAGAUCAAAGUCUACACACCUGUCGAGGAGAGCUCCAUCGGGAAAUUCCCACGAUGCACCACGGUCGACUUCAUGAUGUACCGCACCAUCCGAUGACUGAAACACCUGCAGACAAAAGCCUGAAAUCUGGAGGUGUUCUUGCACUGUGUCAUUAAAGGCUGCUUAAAUGUGGAUUUGUUUUAAAUGCAGAAGGGUAUCUCGCAGAUUUUCAGAAGAAAUGAAAUCAUUUUACAUAAUUUUCUGAAGGUUUUGCCACCUUUUCUCCCAGAAAAGACUCAAUCUGUCUGCAUCAGUUACGCUUUGAGUCCUUUUCAUGAAGAAAUGUCAGAGAAAUGCCGUUUCAGACUCAAAAUAUUGACUUUUUUCAAAUGUUCUCGGUUUUAUAUUACGUUAAAGUGACAUAAGACAUUCACACUGCCUGUAGACUUAGUUCAUCGUUAAGUCAAGAUGUUUUUAUUUGACUCAAAACCCAAACGCCCGUGCCUACAAACCGUCUCCUGAUUUGUUUUUGUUUGUGAACGUUGAAUCAAAUGUGUUUUAUAGCAACAUGACUGCGACAAUGUGAAUGUGUAUAAUUAAUAAAGAGGGAAAGUUACAAGAAUA